GACUAGAGAGAUGUGACCACCACCUCCAUGUGCCUUCCUAGCUAAGAUUACUUCAAACCUCAAAACUUGAAAUGAAUAAUAGCAGUUAGGCUUGUCAAUUGUGUAGGUAAAACGGGUUCGUAUUGAGUCUUAACGAUUUUUUGUCAAAAAAUAUUUUACUCAUACUUGAUUUAUUUAUUAAUUCGUCGGGUUCGUGUCGGGUAUAAAUCGUGUAUAAUACCCAAAAGUUUUUGUUUCGCUCCAAUCCAACUGAAAGUCUUUGUCAAUGAUUCUAUCCACCUAUAUAAAAAACGCUUCAUGUUGUGUUGCUUUGGCCACACAAACUAUCCAUGGCUUCUUCUUCUUCUUCUUCUUCUUCUUCUACUUCUACCUCUCUGCUGCUUUUCCUCAUUCUUUCAGUUUUGUUGUGUUCCUACGUCGAUGUGUUAAGGGCUUAUAAAUAUGAGUCUGCACCUUUGGCAGAGGGACUCUCAUGGAGUCAUUACGAUUAUAAGUGUCCGGAGGUGGAAUCCAUUAUAAGAAAGCAUCUGAAGAAGGUUUUUGAGGAGGAUAUUGGCCAGGCUGCUGGCUUGCUUCGCCUUCACUUCCAUGACUGCUUUGUUCAGUAUCAAGUCAUCCUUCAUCUUCUUUGA